UUCCUUUGCUUACAGGGUCUCACUCGGUCUCCAGUCUUCGCUUUCCCAAGGCCCCCCCUUGCCUCGUCUCCCUAGAGCGGGUUAAGUAGGACCCCAAGACGGCGGGGGUCGGGCUGCGCGAAAACCCCGCCCUGCCUGCUGCGUUCAGCUCAGGGGUGCACUCUUCCCCCGCCAGCGGCCUGCUAAGAAAGCCCAUCGGGCACCCCCAGCCCGCAGCAGCCCUCGAGGGGGGCCCUCCCCCCUUCCCACCCAGGGCCUGGCUCCUGCGAGAUUUGGGUAGGAGCCCCAAAACCAAGCACCUGCCUGCCACCCCGACCCGGAGGGCGGAGGUUUAAAGGGCCGGGCGGGUCCACGCGGGCCGCGACGUCCCUCCCGCUCCCGCCCAGGCCGCACCCACUUGGGGGCGGUGCGCCGGGGACUAUUUCUCGGGCGGCGGGGCGCGGCCGCACUAAGCGGGGGUGGGACUGCGCGCGGUUGCGGUGGUGGUGGUGGUGGUAGCAGCGGCUGCGAGAGCCUCGCUGGGGUCCGCGGGCCUGAGCUGCGGGAGGCCGGCCGCGAGGUCGGGGCCAGGGGAGCUCAUGGACCCGAUACUUUUCUCUUGAGAAACAAACCAGCUCAAAAGAAAAAUGGCAUUCGUUGCAACACAAGGGGCCACGGUGGUUGACCAAACCACUCUGAUGAAAAAAUAUCUUCAGUUUGUGGCCGCCCUUACAGAUGUAAAUACACCUGAUGAGACAAAGUUAAAAAUGAUGCAAGAAGUCAGUGAAAAUUUUGAGAAUGUAACGUCAUCUCCUCAAUAUUCCACGUUCCUGGAACAUAUCAUCCCUCGAUUUCUUACAUUUCUUCAAGAUGGAGAAGUUCAAUUUCUUCAGGAGAAACCAGCCCAGCAAUUGCGGAAGCUAGUACUUGAAAUAAUUCAUAGAAUACCAACCAAUGAACAUCUCCGUCCUCAUACAAAGAAUGUUCUGUCUGUGAUGUUCCGUUUUUUAGAGACGGAGAAUGAAGAAAACGUUCUUAUUUGUUUAAGAAUAAUUAUUGAGCUGCACAAACAGUUCCGACCUCCCAUCACACAGGAAAUUCAUCAUUUUUUGGAUUUUGUGAAACAGAUUUACAAGGAGCUUCCAAAAGUAGUGAACCGCUACUUUGAGAACCCACAGGUGAUCCCUGAGAACACGGUCCCUGCCCCAGAAAUGGUUGGUAUGAUCACAACAGUUGCUGUGAAGGUCAAUCCUGAGCGUGAGGACAGCGAGACGAGGACACAUUCCAUCAUCCCAAGAGGAUCUCUUUCUCUCAAAGUGUUAGCAGAAUUGCCCAUCAUUGUUGUUUUAAUGUACCAGCUCUACAAACUGAAUAUCCACAAUGUUGUUGCUGAAUUUGUGCCCUUGAUCAUGAAUACCAUUGCAAUUCAGGUGUCUGCGCAAGCCAGGCAACACAAGCUUUACAACAAGGAGUUGUAUGCUGAUUUCAUUGCUGCUCAGAUUAAAACAUUGUCAUUUUUAGCUUAUAUCAUCAGAAUUUACCAGGAGUUGGUGACUAAGUAUUCUCAGCAGAUGGUUAAAGGAAUGUUACAGUUACUUUCAAAUUGUCCGGCAGAGACUGCACACCUCAGAAAGGAGCUCCUGAUCGCUGCCAAGCACAUCCUCACGACAGAGCUGCGGAAUCAGUUCAUUCCUUGCAUGGACAAGCUGUUUGAUGAAUCCAUACUAAUUGGUUCAGGAUAUACUGCUCGAGAGACUCUCAGGCCCCUUGCCUACAGCACGCUGGCUGACCUCGUGCACCACGUCCGUCAGCACCUGCCCCUCAGUGACCUCUCCCUCGCUGUCCAGCUCUUUGCCAAGAACAUCGACGAUGAGUCCCUGCCCAGCAGCAUCCAGACCAUGUCCUGCAAGCUCCUGCUGAACCUGGUAGAUUGCAUCCGCUCCAAGAGCGAGCAGGAGAGUGGCAACGGGAGGGACGUUCUGAUGCGGAUGCUGGAGGUUUUUGUUCUCAAGUUCCACACCAUCGCCCGGUACCAGCUCUCUGCCAUCUUUAAGAAGUGCAAGCCACAGUCAGAACUCAGCGCUGUGGAAGCAGCCCUGCCCGGGGUGCCCUCUGCGCCUGCGGCUCCAGGCCCUGCUCCAUCCCCCGCACCUGCGCCCACCCCUGCCCCAGCCCCACCGCCUCCCCCCACCCCUGCCACCCCUGUGACCCCAGCCCCUGUGCCUCCCUUUGAGAAACAAGGAGAAAAGGAUAAGGAGGACAAGCAGACAUUCCAAGUCACAGACUGUCGAAGUUUGGUGAAAACCCUGGUCUGUGGUGUGAAAACAAUCACCUGGGGUAUAACGUCAUGUAAAGCACCUGGUGAAGCUCAGUUCAUUCCCAACAAGCAGUUACAGCCCAAAGAGACUCAGAUUUACAUAAAGCUUGUGAAAUAUGCAAUGCAGGCUUUAGAUAUUUAUCAGGUUCAGAUAGCAGGAAAUGGACAAACAUACAUUCGAGUGGCAAACUGCCAGACUGUCAGAAUGAAGGAAGAGAAGGAGGUCUUGGAACACUUUGCUGGCGUGUUCACAAUGAUGAAUCCCUUAACGUUUAAAGAAAUCUUUCAAACUACAGUCCCUUAUAUGGUGGAAAGAAUCUCUAAAAAUUAUGCUCUUCAGAUUGUUGCCAAUUCCUUCUUGGCAAAUCCUACAACCUCUGCCCUGUUUGCUACGAUUCUGGUGGAGUAUCUCCUUGAGCGCCUGCCAGAAAUGGGCUCCAACGUGGAGCUCUCCAACCUGUACCUCAAGCUGUUCAAGCUGGUCUUUGGCUCAGUCUCCCUCUUUGCAGCCGAAAAUGAACAAAUGCUGAAGCCCCACCUGCACAAGAUUGUGAACAGCUCCAUGGAGCUUGCCCAGACCGCCAAAGAGCCCUAUAACUACUUCCUGCUGCUCCGGGCCCUGUUCCGCUCCAUCGGGGGAGGUAGCCAUGAUCUCCUGUAUCAGGAAUUUUUGCCUCUCCUACCAAACCUCCUGCAAGGACUAAAUAUGCUGCAGAGUGGCUUGCAUAAGCAGCACAUGAAGGACCUCUUUGUGGAGCUGUGCCUCACGGUACCAGUACGGCUGAGCUCGCUUUUGCCCUAUCUGCCCAUGUUAAUGGACCCCUUGGUGUCUGCGCUCAAUGGGUCUCAGACGCUGGUUAGCCAAGGCCUGAGGACGCUAGAGUUGUGUGUGGAUAACCUGCAGCCCGAUUUCCUCUAUGACCACAUCCAGCCAGUGCGUGCAGAGCUCAUGCAGGCUUUAUGGCGCACUUUGCGCAAUCCUGCUGAUAGCAUUUCUCACGUGGCCUAUCGUGUACUUGGUAAAUUCGGUGGCAGUAACAGGAAGAUGCUAAAGGAGUCCCAGAAGCUGCACUAUGUCGUGACUGAAGUCCAAGGCCCCAGUAUUACAGUGGAGUUUUCUGACUGUAAGGCAUCUCUUCAGCUCCCAAUGGAGAAGGCCAUUGAAACUGCUCUGGACUGCCUGAAAAGUGCCAACACUGAGCCCUACUAUCGGAGGCAGGCAUGGGAAGUGAUCAAAUGCUUCCUUGUGGCAAUGAUGAGUCUAGAGGACAAUAAACAUGCGCUCUACCAGCUCCUUGCACACCCUAACUUUACGGAAAAGACCAUACCUAAUGUCAUCAUAUCACAUCGCUACAAAGCACAGGACACUCCUGCGCGGAAGACGUUUGAGCAGGCUCUGACUGGCGCCUUCAUGUCUGCCGUCAUUAAAGACCUCCGGCCCAGCGCUCUGCCAUUCGUGGCCAGCUUGAUCCGCCACUACACGAUGGUAGCAGUCGCCCAGCAGUGCGGUCCUUUCUUGCUGCCUUGCUACCAGGUGGGCAGCCAGCCCAGCACAGCCAUGUUUCACAGUGAAGAAAAUGGGUCGAAAGGAAUGGAUCCCUUGGUUCUUAUUGACGCAAUAGCUAUUUGCAUGGCAUAUGAAGAAAAGGAGCUUUGCAAGAUCGGGGAGGUGGCCCUAGCUGUGAUAUUUGAUGUUGCGAGUAUCAUCUUGGGCUCAAAGGAGAGGGCGUGCCAGCUGCCUCUGUUUUCUUACAUCGUGGAGCGCCUGUGUGCAUGCUGUUAUGAACAGGCUUGGUAUGCAAAGCUGGGGGGCGUGGUAUCCAUCAAGUUUCUCAUGGAGCGGCUUCCUCUCACUUGGGUUCUCCAGAACCAGCAGACGUUCCUCAAAGCACUUCUCUUUGUCAUGAUGGACUUGACUGGAGAGGUGUCCAAUGGGGCGGUGGCCAUGGCCAAGACCACCCUGGAGCAGCUCCUGAUGCGGUGUGCCACGCCCCUGAGAGAUGAGGAGAGAGCCGAAGAGAUUGUGGCAGCCCAAGAAAAGUCUUUUCACCACGUGACCCACGACUUGGUUCGAGAAGUCACCUCCCCGAACUCCACUGUGAGAAAACAGGCCAUGCAUUCACUGCAGGUGUUGGCCCAGGUCACUGGGAAAAGUGUGACAGUCAUAAUGGAGCCCCAUAAGGAGGUCCUCCAGGACAUGGUCCCGCCUAAGAAGCACUUGCUCAGACACCAGCCUGCCAACGCACAGAUCGGCCUGAUGGAGGGAAACACGUUCUGUACCACGUUGCAGCCCCGGCUCUUCACGAUGGACCUUAACGUGGUGGAGCAUAAGGUGUUCUACACAGAGUUACUGAAUUUGUGUGAGGCAGAAGAUUCAGCUUUAACAAAGCUACCCUGUUAUAAAAGCCUUCCGUCACUUGUACCUUUACGAAUCGCAGCUUUAAAUGCACUUGCUGCCUGUAAUUACCUUCCUCAGUCCAGAGAGAAGAUCAUUGCUGCACUCUUCAAAGCCCUUAAUUCCACAAACAGUGAGCUCCAGGAGGCUGGGGAGGCCUGUAUGAGAAAGUUUUUAGAAGGUGCUACCAUAGAAGUAGAUCAGAUCCAUACCCACAUGCGACCUUUGUUGAUGAUGCUGGGGGAUUAUCGAAGUUUGACGCUGAACGUUGUGAAUCGUCUGACUUCGGUCACCAGGCUCUUCCCAAACUCCUUCAAUGAUAAAUUUUGCGAUCAGAUGAUGCAACAUCUGCGAAAGUGGAUGGAAGUGGUGGUCCUCACCCAUAAAGGGGGCCAGAGGAGCGACGGAAACGAAAGCAUUUCCGAGUGCGGGAGAUGUUCCUUGUCUCCAUUCUGUCAGUUUGAGCCUGCCAUGGAAGGGGUAGAGGUGAGAACUCAGUGGAGUGCAGGAGGGGGUCGUUGUUGUGGGUUUGCUGUGACUCGUGGUCUGUGGUGGACAGAGUGCCUUGUGCCUUGGAGUGCAGUGAGCGUAUCGUCUGUCUGUGGCGGAGUCCUACUAAUCAUAAGCAUCAUAGUUAAAAAUGAUGACUCCUGGCUGGCCAACCAGCAUUCCCUGGUGAGCCAGUUGAGACGCGUGUGGGUCAGUGAAACCUUUCAAGAGAGACACCGGAAGGAGAACAUGGCUGCCACAAACUGGAAGGAGCCCAAGCUGCUGGCCUAUUGUCUGCUGAACUACUGCAAAAGGAAUUACGGAGAUAUAGAAUUGCUGUUCCAGCUGCUCCGAGCCUUUACUGGUCGCUUUCUCUGCAACAUGACAUUCUUAAAGGAGUAUAUGGAGGAAGAGAUCCCCAAAAAUUACAGCAUUGCUCAGAAACGUGCCCUGUUCUUUCGCUUUGUGGACUUCAGUGACCCCAACUUUGGAGAUGAGCUCAAAGCCAGGGUUCUGCAGCAUAUAUUGAAUCCUGCUUUCUUACACAGUUUUGAGAAAGGGGAAGGAGAGCAGCUCUUAGGACCUCCCAACCCAGAAGGCGAUAACCCAGAAAGCAUCACCAGUGUGUUUAUAACCAAGGUCCUCGACCCAGAGAAGCAGGCAGACAUGCUGGACGCACUGAGGAUCUACCUGCUGCAGUGUGCCACGCUGCUGGUGGAGCACGCCCCCCACCACAUCCAUGACAACAAUAAGAACCGCAACAGCAAGCUGCGCCGCCUCAUGACCUUUGCCUGGCCCUGCCUGCUCUCCAAGGCCUGUGUGGACCCAGCGUGCAAGUACAGCGGGCACCUGCUUCUGGCGCACAUCAUUGCCAAGUUUGCAAUACACAAGAAAAUUGUCCUCCAGGUUUUUCACAGUCUUCUCAAGGCCCAUGCGAUGGAAGCUCGAGCAAUUGUCAGACAAGCAAUGGCCAUCCUGACCCCGGCUGUGCCUGCCAGGAUGGAGGAUGGGCACCAGAUGCUGACCCACUGGACACGGAAGAUCAUCGUAGAGGAGGGCCACACGGUCCCUCAGCUGGUCCACAUUCUCCAUCUGAUAGUGCAGCACUGUAAGGUAUACUACCCCGUGCGGCACCACCUCGUUCAGCACAUGGUCAGCGCCAUGCAGAGGCUGGGCUUCACACCCAGUGUCACCAUUGAGCAGAGGAGGCUGGCCGUGGACCUGUCUGAAGUUGUCAUCAAGUGGGAACUGCAGAGGAUCAAGGACCAGCAGCCGGACUCAGACUUGGACCAAAAUUCAAGCGGAGAAGGAGUCAACUCUGUCUCGUCUUCCAUUAAAAGAGGCCUGUCGGUGGACUCUGCCCAGGAAGUGAAACGCUUUAGGACGACCACAGGAGCCAUCAGUGCAGUGUUCGGGAGGAGCCAGUCGCUGCCCGGGGCCGACUCCCUUCUUGCCAAACCCAUCGACAAGCAGCACACGGACACCGUGGUGAACUUCCUCAUCCGGGUGGCUUGUCAGGUGAACGACAACACCAACACUGCAGGAUCUCCAGGGGAGGUGCUGUCUCGCCGGUGCGUUACCCUGCUGAAGACUGCCUUGCGGCCAGACAUGUGGUCCAAGUCUGAGCUCAAACUGCAGUGGUUCGACAAGCUGCUGAUGAGCGUGGAGCAGCCUAAUCAAGUUAACUAUGGAAAUAUUUGCACAGGAUUGGAAGUGCUGGGUUUCUUGCUAACUGUUCUCCAGUCCCCAGCCAUCCUCAGCAGCUUCAAACCCCUGCAGCGUGGUGUUGCUGCCUGUAUGACGUGUGGGAACACCAAAGUGUUACGAGCAGUCCACAGCCUCCUCUCACGCCUCAUGAGCAUUUUCCCAACAGAGCCAAGUACUUCCAGUGUGGCCUCCAAGUACGAAGAGCUGGAGUGUCUGUAUGCGGCCGUCGGGAAGGUCAUCUAUGAAGGACUCACCAACUACGAGAAGGCCGGCAACGCGAAUCCCUCCCAGCUCUUUGGGACCCUUAUGAUCCUCAAGUCAGCCUGUAGCAACAAUCCCAGCUACAUAGACAGGCUGAUCUCCGUCUUCAUGCGCUCCCUCCAGAAGAUGGUCCGAGAGCACCUGAGCCCGCAGGCUGCGUCGGGCAGCACGGAAGCCACCUCAGGAACGAGUGAGCUGGUGAUGCUCAGUCUGGAGCUGGUGAAAGCGCGGCUGGCCGUGAUGAGCAUGGAGAUGCGCAAGAACUUCAUUCAGGCCAUCCUGACCUCCCUCAUCGAAAAAUCACCCGAUGCCAAAAUCCUCCGGGCUGUGGUUAAAAUUGUGGAAGAAUGGGUUAAAAAUAAUUCCCCAAUGGCAGCCAAUCAGACACCUACACUCCGGGAGAAGUCCAUUUUGCUUGUGAAAAUGAUGACCUACAUAGAAAAGCGUUUUCCAGAAGACCUUGAAUUAAACGCCCAGUUUUUAGACCUUGUUAACUAUGUCUACAGGGACGAGACGCUGUCCGGCAGUGAACUGACUGCGAAACUCGAGCCUGCCUUCCUCUCUGGGCUGCGCUGUGCCCAGCCUCUCAUCAGGGCAAAGUUUUUUGAGGUUUUUGACAACUCUAUGAAACGUCGGGUCUACGAGCGCCUGCUUUAUGUGACCUGUUCCCAGAAUUGGGAGGCCAUGGGGAACCACUUCUGGAUUAAGCAGUGCAUCGAGCUUCUCUUGGCCGUGUGCGAGAAGAGCACGCCCAUCGGAACCAGCUGCCAGGGAGCCAUGCUCCCGUCCAUCACUAAUGUCAUCAACCUGGCCGACAGCCACGACCGCGCAGCCUUUGCCAUGGUUACACACGUCAAGCAGGAGCCUCGCGAGCGUGAGAACAGCGAGUCCAAGGAGGAGGAUGUAGAGAUAGAUAUUGAACUAGCUCCUGGAGAUCAGACCAGCACACCCAAAACCAAAGAACUUUCUGAGAAGGACAUUGGAAACCAGCUGCAUAUGCUAACCAACAGACAUGACAAGUUUCUUGAUACUCUCCGGGAGGUGAAGACAGGGGCGCUGCUCGGUGCUUUCGUGCAGCUGUGUCACAUUUCCACAACACUGGCCGAAAAGACAUGGGUCCAGCUUUUUCCCAGAUUGUGGAAAAUUCUGUCUGACAGACAGCAGCAUGCUCUGGCUGGUGAGAUCAGUCCGUUCCUGUGCAGCGGCAGCCACCAGGUACAGCGGGACUGUCAGCCCAGCGCCCUGAACUGCUUCGUGGAGGCCAUGUCCCAGUGUGUCCCUCCGAUCCCCAUCAGGCCCUGCGUCCUGAAGUACUUGGGGAAGACGCACAACCUGUGGUUCCGCUCCACAUUAAUGCUAGAGCACCAGGCUUUUGAAAAAGGUCUGAGUCUUCAGAUUAAACCGAAGCAAACAACAGAAUUUUAUGAACAGGAGAGCAUAACUCCCCCUCAGCAGGAGAUACUGGAUUCCCUUGCUGAACUUUACUCUCUGUUACAAGAGGAAGAUAUGUGGGCUGGCUUAUGGCAGAAGCGGUGCAAGUAUUCAGAGACAGCGACUGCUAUUGCUUAUGAGCAGCAUGGAUUCUUUGAGCAGGCCCAAGAAUCCUACGAAAAGGCGAUGGAUAAAGCUAAAAAGGAACAUGAGAGGAAUAACGCGUCCCCUGCUAUUUUCCCAGAAUACCAGCUUUGGGAGGACCACUGGAUUCGGUGCUCUAAGGAGUUGAACCAGUGGGAAGCUUUGACGGAAUACGGCCAGUCCAAAGGUCACAUAAACCCCUACCUCGUCCUGGAGUGUGCUUGGCGGGUAUCCAACUGGACCGCCAUGAAGGAGGCCUUGGUGCAGGUGGAAGUAAGUUGUCCCAAGGAGAUGGCUUGGAAGGUGAACAUGUACCGUGGAUACUUAGCCAUCUGCCACCCCGAGGAGCAGCAGCUUAGCUUCAUCGAGCGCCUGGUGGAAAUGGCCAGCAGCUUGGCCAUCCGUGAGUGGCGGCGGCUGCCCCAUGUGGUGUCUCACGUGCACACGCCACUUCUCCAGGCUGCCCAGCAAAUCAUUGAACUUCAGGAAGCUGCUCAAAUAAAUGCAGGCCUUCAGCCAACCAACCUGGGGAGGAACAACAGCCUGCACGACAUGAAGACUGUGGUGAAGACCUGGAGGAACAGGCUGCCCAUCGUGUCCGACGACUUGUCCCACUGGAGCAGCGUCUUCAUGUGGCGGCAGCAUCAUUACCAGGCUAUUGUAACUGCAUACGAAAAUAGUUCUCAGCAUGAUCCAAGUUCAAAUAAUGCUAUGCUUGGGGUUCACGCAUCAGCUUCUGCAAUCAUCCAAUAUGGAAAAAUUGCCCGGAAACAAGGACUGGUCAAUGUGGCUCUGGAUAUAUUAAGUCGUAUUCAUACUAUUCCAACCGUUCCUAUCGUGGAUUGCUUCCAGAAGAUUCGACAGCAAGUCAAAUGCUACCUCCAACUGGCAGGAGUCAUGGGGAAAAACGAGUGUAUGCAGGGCCUUGAAGUUAUUGAAUCUACAAACUUAAAAUACUUCACAAAAGAGAUGACAGCUGAAUUUUAUGCACUGAAGGGAAUGUUCUUGGCUCAGAUCAACAAGUCUGAGGAAGCAAACAAGGCCUUUUCUGCAGCUGUGCAGAUGCACGACGUGCUUGUGAAAGCCUGGGCCAUGUGGGGUGACUACCUGGAGAACAUCUUCGUGAAGGAACGGCAGCUGCAUCUUGGGGUGUCUGCCAUCACCUGUUACCUGCACGCAUGCCGGCAUCAGAAUGAGAGCAAAUCCAGGAAGUACUUAGCCAAGGUGCUGUGGCUUCUGAGUUUUGAUGAUGACAAGAACACGCUGGCAGACGCUGUGGACAAGUACUGCAUCGGUGUGCCGCCCAUCCAGUGGCUGGCCUGGAUCCCCCAGCUGCUCACCUGCCUCGUGGGCUCCGAGGGGAAGCUUCUUCUGAACCUCAUUAGCCAGGUUGGACGGGUGUAUCCCCAAGCAGUCUACUUCCCCAUCCGGACCUUGUACCUGACCCUGAAAAUAGAGCAGCGGGAACGCUACAAGAGCGAUUCUGGACAGCAGCAGCCAAGUUCAGUGGGUAACCAGUCCCAUUCUACAUCAGAUCCAGGGCCCAUAAGAGCAACAGCCCCCAUGUGGCGCUGCAGCCGAAUCAUGCACAUGCAACGAGAGCUCCACCCGACGCUUCUGUCUUCCCUGGAAGGCAUCGUCGACCAGAUGGUCUGGUUCAGAGAAAACUGGCAUGAGGAGGUUCUCAGGCAGCUCCAGCAGGGCCUGGCGAAAUGUUACUCUGUCGCAUUUGAGAAAAGCGGGGCUGUGUCUGAUGCCAAAAUCACCCCCCACACUCUCAAUUUCGUCAAGAAGCUGGUGAGCACGUUUGGGGUGGGCCUGGAGAACGUGUCCAAUGUCUCCACCAUGUUCUCCAGCGCCGCCUCCGAGUCUCUGGCUAGGCGGGCGCAGGCCACCGCUCAGGACCCCGUCUUCCAGAAGCUGAAGGGCCAGUUCACCACCGAUUUUGACUUCAGUGUUCCAGGAUCCAUGAAGCUUCAUAAUCUUAUUUCUAAAUUGAAAAAGUGGAUCAAAAUCCUAGAGGCUAAAACAAAGCAGCUUCCAAAAUUCUUCCUCAUAGAAGAAAAGUGCCGGUUUUUGAGCAAUUUCUCAGCACAGACAGCAGAAGUAGAAAUCCCUGGGGAAUUUCUGAUGCCAAAGCCAACACAUUAUUAUAUCAAGAUCGCUCGGUUUAUGCCCAGGGUGGAGAUUGUGCAGAAGCACAAUACUGCAGCCAGGAGGCUGCACAUCCGUGGACACAAUGGCAAGAUCUACCCCUACCUUGUCAUGAACGACGCCUGCCUGACAGAGUCACGGAGAGAGGAGCGUGUGCUGCAGCUACUCCGCCUGCUGAAUCCCUGUUUGGAGAAGAGGAAGGAAACCACAAAGAGGCACUUGUUUUUCACAGUCCCGCGAGUGGUGGCAGUGUCCCCGCAGAUGCGCCUGGUGCAGGACAACCCCUCUUCCCUGUCCCUCGUGGAGAUCUACAAGCAGCGCUGUGCCAAGAAGGGCAUCGAGCACGACAACCCCAUCUCCCGUUACUACGACAGACUGGCCACUGUGCAGGCACGUGGGACCCAAGCCAGCCACCAGGUCCUUCGAGACAUCCUCAAGGAGGUUCAGAGUAACAUGGUGCCACGCAGCAUGCUUAAAGAGUGGGCUCUGCACACAUUCCCCAACGCCACAGACUACUGGACAUUCCGGAAGAUGUUCACCAUCCAGCUCGCACUGAUUGGCUUUGCAGAAUUCGUCUUGCAUUUAAAUAGACUCAACCCCGAGAUGUUACAGAUUGCUCAGGACACAGGCAAACUGAAUGUUGCCUACUUUCGAUUUGAUAUAAAUGAUGCAACUGGAGACUUAGAUGCCAACCGACCUGUCCCUUUUCGCCUCACACCCAACAUUUCUGAGUUUCUGACCACCAUUGGCGUCUCUGGCCCAUUGACUGCCUCCAUGAUCGCCGUCGCGCGGUGCUUUGCCCAGCCGAACUUUAAGGUGGACGGCAUCCUGAAAACAGUGCUCCGGGAUGAGAUCAUUGCUUGGCACAAAAAAACACAGGAGGACACGUCCUCUCCUCUUUCGGCUGCCGGGCAGCCCGAGAACAUGGACAGCCAGCAGCUGGUCUCCCUCGUGCAGAAGGCCGUCACCGCCAUCGUGACCCGCCUGCACAGCCUGGCCCAGUUUGAAGGCGGGGAGAGCAAGGUGAACACCCUGGUGGCCGCCGCCAACAGCCUGGACAACCUAUGCCGCAUGGACCCCGCCUGGCACCCGUGGCUGUGACCCGGCCCCUCCCGAGCCUGCAGCCUUUACGGCUCUGUCCGCCCCGACCAUGGUAUGUGCAGGAGUCCUGCAGUGUGAGCCGGCUGAAGCUGCUCUCCUGAGGGUGCGUGCAAGGGAGGAGCCUGCACUAGACAGUGAAGCGCUUAGAAAUGGCAGGGCCCAGCCUCCGCCUAAGCUUUUAAAUUGACCUUUUAAGUAACCGGGAUUCCCUGGUCUAGAAUUUCUUUGUGAAUUCUUUUUUAUCAUAUUCCUCCCUCUGUGUGAAUGUACAGAUUGAACUGUGGAAAACAAUUCUGUAUCUUCCAUUUUUAACUCUUUCAGAAAUUACACCUCACAGGAGUCUCCUGCUUUGUACAGACCUUUGUAAGAAGUGUACAGAAACCUUUGUUAGAGAAACAGGAAAUUAUGAACAGGUCAUGCUGGUUGUCCUUUAAGCACAAGCUUUAUGCUGUAUGUAACCAGCUCUGGGAAUCCCGCUGAGCAUUAGGCGUGGGUCCACAGGCCUCGUGACCUGCAGGCAGCGCCGUCCCCCGACGCCCGGGUGCAGAGCCCCUGGGAGGAAUAGGAUGGAGGUAGCAGGCGGGCCUUACGCUUUCUGUCAGCUGGCUCUUUAGAUGUCAUCUGGAUGUUUACUAUCAUACCUGGGAAAAAAAAAUCACUUUUUCCUUCCUUAUUUAAAAAGAAACGGCAACAGAAGUUUGUUAACUCCAGUCUGUUAAAUGUUCACAUUUUUAUAAAUAUGAGCUUUGAGAAUAUUCUAUCUAAAUUUGUACAGUGUGAUUUUUUUAGAAUAAAUAUUUUAUAAAAGGA